GUGCUUAGUGUAACGUCGUGCGCGCUAGCCUCGCAACCUGAACGAUACAAGCUCAAAGAAACAACACUUCCAGUUCCUCAUUAACAGUUUUAAGUGUUUUUCGGUGCCAGUUCCCUGUGUUUUGACUGCUUCAGUGUUGCUUGAGUUUGAGAAUAUUGGACGAGUGCUAAAAGUGACUGCGCGUGAUAUGCCGCAAAAACGUGCAUAACGGCGUUCUGCGGGCGAUGCUCAAAGGGGAGCAUGUGAUGCCGGCCCUUGACGCCCGGCGCCAUGCCCACGCCGCUGCAGCCCGGCGGCCCCGCUAGCGGCCCGCCUCUGGAGCGCAAGCGGCGCCGCAAGCGCGACGACCCCCAAAGUUCAGUGGCGCUCGAGCCUGACGACGACGACGACGGAAACAUGAGUCCCGAGGAGGAGCCCAGGAACACGGCGGCGGCCCCGGCGGCGCCCACGCCGGCGCCCUCCGCACCGGCCCCCACCUCCCCGCCGGCCGCACCCGACGCUGUCGACCUUACUUCGCGACGAGACUCCCCUCCUCUGUCAUCGGACGUGGAACACUUCGAUGGUAAAAUCGUCUAUAACCCCGAUGGUUCCGCCUACAUUAUCGAGGAUCCCGAGAUAUCGGAGGGCGAGACGAGCCUCCCCGAUUUACCUAAAAUAGAACCGGGCUGCAUAGUCGACAGUCGGGAAAGUAACGUCGUCGAGAGACCGCUCGACUUUCCACAGAUAGCCAGCGCCUUCUACGUUUCGAGAAAUUCUUCACUCUAUGGUGCUCUUUACGGCAGAUUAGCAGCGGAACGAGCACGGGCGCGACCCGAUGCCCCAGUGAUGCAUAGUUAUAGAGUGUUUAGUUUUAGAGGAGGAAAAGAUGCACCUAGACCGCUUUCGCCUAUCCCGGAGUGUCCUGUUAGCGUCCCGGUCAAACCCAUUCUCAUGUGUUUUAUUUGUAAAUUGAGUUUCGGGUACGCCAAAUCAUUUGUGGCGCACGCUCAAGCCGACCACAGUCUGUCGUUGCUAGACUCAGAGAGAGAUGCGCUCUCGAGGGAUAACGCCUCAGCAAUUAUCCAGUGUGUCGGAAAAGACAAGGAACCUUUGGUUUCGUUCUUAGAACCAGUCGGAACCGCUGCUCCACCUCGCACAUCAGUGUCAUGCAGUCCCGCUAAUGUUUCAGAACUAUCCAGUCCAUCGAUAGACAAGCGACAGGAAGCUAUCACGCCCGAUAGAGAUAACGACUCUAUGCUACCCAACGGAUCAUGUGAUGAAAGAAGGCCAAGUCCGCCCGCGUGGAGGCCACCACGUUCAAUGACUGAAUCUUUAAUUCCUCAACACUCUUUGAUCUCAGUGGCACACCCACACACAAUAAACGCUUCGAUACAGCCCCGUGCUAGUCCUAAUUCGUCACCAACUUUUCAAACUUCCCCGGCUGCUUUCUUAAGCGGAACAACGAUUGGAGUAUGCCCUGAUCAUCUGGGAGGGCGACCUUCAGGUGCUGAGUGUGCGAAAUGUGAAUUAAUAUUGAAUUCAGGAAGAUUGGGAGGUCCGCUAGCUGGUAUGCACAGUCGAAACUCUUGCAAAACCCUAAAAUGUCCUAAAUGCAAUUGGCAUUACAAAUACCAAGAAACCUUAGAAAUACAUAUGAAGGAAAAACACCCGGAAGCAGAAACCAGUUGCAUUUAUUGUAUAGCAGGCCAACCUCAUCCACGAUUAGCGCGGGGUGAGACAUAUACCUGUGGGUACAAGCCCUACAGAUGUGAAGUGUGCAAUUACUCUACUACGACAAAAGGAAAUCUAAGUAUACAUAUGCAAUCAGACAAACAUCUAAAUAACAUGCAAGAGUUACAAAAUGGUGGAAAUCCAGGAGAAGGUAACUUACCACCGACGCAACAUACACCACCAGGACCACAUAAACCGCCGUUGCCUCAUCAUUCACCACUGGGCCAAAAACCCAAGCCAACAUUCAGAUGUGAUGUUUGUAAUUACGAAACAAACGUUGCCAGAAAUCUAAGAAUACACAUGACAUCGGAAAAGCAUACCCAUAACAUGCUUGUACUGCAACAAAAUGUGAAGCACAUGCAGACACUAUCUGCUCUACACCACAGACAACAAAGCCAGCAGCAACUGGAGAGCUUAUUACACUUCCACGGUGGUGAUGCUCCUCCACAAAAUCCUGAGGCUGCACUAGCCGAUAUGGCUUACAAUCAAGCUCUGAUGAUCCAACUAAUGACUGGCGGUCCUGGCCCAUCACCACCAGAGCUAGGAGCACAUCUCGAUGUCGGCUUAAACCCAGAAGCAAUGGAGCCCCCUCCGGAACCGGCAGAUCCCGAACCAGAAAGAACGUUUCAUUGCUGCAUAUGCAAUUGUUUCUCUACGGAUUCGUUAGAAGCAUUGGGACAUCACCUAGCUCAAGACCGAACAAAAAUAAGAGAACAAGAGAUUUUGGCCCUAGUAGCCGGUCACUACGUCUGCAAGCUUUGCACAUACAAGACUAACUUAAAAGCAAACUUCCAACUUCAUUGCAAAACAGACAAACAUCUACAAAGAUUGCAGCACGUCAACCACGUUAAAGAGGGUGGUCCCAGAAACGAGUGGAAGUUGAAAUUCUGCGGAGGCGUUGGAACAGGUGGUGCGGGCGUCGGCGGUGUUCAGGUCAGAUGUUGCGCCUGCGACUACUACACAAACUCGGCGCACAAACUGCAACUUCACGCUGCCGGUGCGAGACACGAAGCAGCGACGCUACUGCUAAGACAUUUGAGAGAUUGCGCAUCAAGGAUACCGCGUGAACGACCACGUAUUUACCGAUGUGCAUUAUGUGGCUUCGGUACCCAACAUCGUUUGCCAAUACUGCAGCACGUACGCUCCGUAAAGCACCUGCAAAUGGAGCAAAUCCACCAACUCCAACGACGAUCUGAAGGCAAAGAUCCAACACCUGAUGUAGCUGAGCUGUUCCAAGUCAUUCCUCAGCCGCCUGAGCUGCCAAGUCCAUUCGAUCAGCAAGACAAUGAUUCCAAGGAGCCUAUUGAUCAAAAGCCAGACUUAACAAACGAGCAGAAAGUCAUGCGGUUUUUGGAACAUCAACAACAACAAAUGCAGCAACAAACUCAACAACAAACCCCUAUGCAGUCGCAACAGACUCCCAAUGAUAAAGAAGAAGACCAAGACACUAAUGGCAACCAGAGCUGUCCCUACUGCAACUUCACUUGCAACAACGAAGGUAGGCUGCACGCCCAUAUCAAUACAGUACAUGGAGACACAGCGAGACACUUCAUCUGCCCGCUCUGCCAGGACGCCUUCAAAGACCGACCGGCUCUCGAACGCCACGUCAUGCAAAUACACUCGGUUAACUCCGAGGGCCUCCAAAGACUUCUUCUACUAGUCGACCAGAGUCACUGGCUAAACGGAGGAAACCAAGCUCAGAGAGAAGAUUCGAGACAAGGAGAGGAGAACGAGAGAGAAAUAUCUUCGCCUCGUUCCGAGGGGAGCGCCGACGGGGAGAUGGAGCGGUGCUCGACCUGCAAUCGAACCUUCCGUAAUGUUGAUGAACUGUGUCAACAUCAGAAUGAAUCGGGCCACUUGGAGCUAAAACAAACACCGCAAGGACCCGGUUACGUCUGUUGGAAAAAAGGAUGUAACAGAUACUUCGACGCGGCCCACGCCUUACAAAAUCACUUCAGAGAAGCUCACGCUCGUAAUUCAAUCGCAAAUAUGUCGGUGUCCGAAAAACAUGUGUACAAGUACAGGUGCAAUCAAUGCAGCUUGGCAUUCAAAACAAUAGAAAAGCUGCAGCUACACUCGCAAUAUCAUGUCAUACGUGACGCGACAAAAUGUGUUUUGUGUGGAAGAAGCUUUAGAUCUGUUUUGGCUCUUCAGAAACAUGUCGAAACUUCACACUCCGAGCUAUCUGAAGAGGAACUCAACGCUUUUAAGCGGAGCCUAGCAUCAAAUCCAUUGUUACAAGGAAACCAGGGUGUAGCUCUCGAUGCUGCGUCAGCUGAUUUGCUACGAAAGGAGGCCCUCCGUACUCCAGACGACGAGGCAGGCGAAGGUGAGGACAGAGACUCUAGUAUAACAGCGAACGACGAGUCCGGUCACAAUGAUGCCGACAACUCUGAUGAUUCUAUCAUUUACAAAGAUCAACAAUUACUUGAAGAUUAUCUAAACUCUCAGGCGAUGGCAGAAGAUUCCUACAACGAUCCAAACAGGAAAUAUAAAUGUCACAGAUGUAAAGUGGCGUUCACUCGCCAAUCGUACCUAACGGCUCAUAACAAAACCCUCCUGCACAGGAAAGGCGAGAAGCUGACGUAUCCCAUGGAAAAGUAUCUAGAUCCUAACCGGCCAUUCAAAUGUGACGUAUGCAAGGAAUCGUUCACACAAAAAAACAUUUUGCUCGUGCACUAUAACAGCGUGAGUCAUUUGCAUAAAUUAAAAAGGGCCAUGCAAGAACAACAAAACAAUAACAAUCCGCCGGUGUCACCCGGAGCCGGGACAGCGCCAUCCAAUUUGACCCUUACGCCAAAAAGUACAUCUAGCGAGGAGGACGACCGCAAAAGAUACAAAUGUAACAUAUGCAAAGUGGCGUACACGCAGGGCAGCACACUCGACAUUCACAUGCGCUCGGUCCUACAUCAAACGCGCGCAGGUAAAUUACAGGAGCUCGCCGCGGCGGGCCACGUGGAUCUAUCGCGGCCUCUAGUCGAGCAGCCUGAAAGAAACGAUCCCGCCAAAAUUUUACAAGACGUGCUAUCGCCGAAAAAUACAUCCCCCUCGUCUACGAGUAGCGGGGGACAACCCUCCUCGCCCCCCGCCCGCCCGGGCAGCCCGCGGUCGCCGCACACAGGUAGCCUCACGUGCGAGCGCUGCCGGCUCCCAUUCCAUAGCGGUGAGCUACUCGACGCGCAUCGGGCGACAUGUCCGUUUCACGAUGCGCGCGCCCAUUCGCCGCUCGGGGAAGUUGACGUCGCGGCUCUGGACGACAUGGUGUCAAAGGGCAACGCGCCGAAAAAGAACUCCCAAAUGUAUAAGCAACUUUUGGAAACUUUCGGCUUCGACCUUGUGAUGCAAUACAAUGAAAAUCAGCGGCGCAAGUUACAAGAGGAACGCGAGAUGGUGAGAGCGCCGAGCCCGCCCCCUCCGCCCCCGGUGGAGAAGCCUCCGGAUGGGGAGAACAAAUCGACGUGCCAGCAUUGCAACAAAGAAUUUUCGAGUGUGUUUGUGUUAAAGACUCAUUGUGAGGAGGUGCACAAGGAUAAAGUUCCGCUGGAGUUUUUGGAGCAGUUCGCGGAACAGUUCAAAUCUGAAUACGAGCGCAAGUCGGGCGCGCCGAAUUCGCCACGCCCCGAAUCGCCGGCCGGUCAAGAUGAACGAUCGUCUUCGCCCCGCGGCGACAGCUUCAACGACUCAGCCAACGGGCCCAACGACAGCCAGGCUGGAGCCCUUCUGGCGGCCCAGGUGCAGGAGAUGCACGCCGCCCUCAACAUGCUGCAGCUACAGCAGCAGCUGGGUCAGCUACAUCCCAUGAUGGCCCAGAUGCUAUCCCUCGGUCUUCCUCUCGGCCUGAACGUCGGAGCCCUGGCGGCCAUGAACCUGCAGCCCCCGCUGGUCUCCCUGAUGCUGCCGCCACCGCCCUUCGACGCCAUGGCGGCGCCCUACUCCCACGACGCUCAGCUCAAACAACAGCAGAUGAUCCAGCAACAGCAGCAAGCAAAUGCGGCUGCUGGUCAAAAGAGAGCUCGUACACGCAUAACUGACGAGCAACUUAAGAUUCUGCGAUCUCACUUUGACAUCAACAACUCGCCAAGUGAUGAAGCGAUCGCAAAGAUGGCCAAACAGUCGGGACUUGCCACCAAAGUCAUCAAACACUGGUUCAGAAACACGCUUUUCAAAGAACGUCAGAGAAACAAGGAUUCUCCCUAUAAUUUCAAUAAUCCACCAUCUACCACCCUGAACCUCGAGGAGUACGAAAAAACUGGAGAAGCUAAAGUCACACCACUAGACUCAUCUAUAAGUUCUGAUGAGAGUAAACCCCCACCCGAAAAAAAAGCAAAAACUGAGGACAUGCCGAUAACUAAUCAUCCGGAGAUCAUGAAUUUAAAAUCGGAGCCCGAUGAACCAACAAUGGAAGAAAAGUAUAAUUCCUACGACGACAGACACCAGGAAGACAGAAGUUAUAUGUUUCCCAACGCACCAUCCCAAAGCCCAGCUUUAAUAAACAACUCGGAGAACCACCAGAAUGUAUCGCGGCCCCAUACACCGCCGCAUAUUUCGCUCAAUUCGUUGAUUCAAUCCCAACUGGAUUCUAUUCCCGCGACGAGCAUACCGCAACCGACGCACCCAUCAAUGUUGCCACCAAAACUAAAUCCUAACUUCGCGUCCCCAAACUCCGCGCCCCCGAAUGUCCUACCUUUGACCCCAAAUCGCAGCCUCAGUCCUGGCAGGGGACCGGCCGAUUUCGGACUUUCCGGGGGCAACUCGAACGGAUCCAACAGCUCGGGGUCUUCAGGCAAACGCGCCAACAGAACUAGAUUCACGGACUACCAAAUAAAAGUCCUCCAAGAGUUCUUUGAAAAUAAUGCUUAUCCAAAAGAUGAUGAUCUUGAAUAUCUUUCAAAGCUUCUGGGUCUCAGUCCCAGAGUUAUCGUCGUUUGGUUUCAAAAUGCACGUCAGAAGGCAAGAAAAGUUUAUGAAAAUCAGCCAGCCGCAGAUCCACCAGCAGGCUCGAUGGACGAUGCGAACCGAUUUCAAAGAACCCCAGGACUUAACUACCAAUGUAAGAAGUGCCAACUAGUAUUCCAACGUUAUUAUGAAUUAAUAAGACACCAGAAGACACAUUGUUUUAAGGAAGAGGAUGCGAAACGUUCAGCGCAGGCGCAGGCGGCUGCAGCUCAAGUUGCUGCUACUCUAAGCAGCGAAGAUUCAAAUUCAAGUACCGUAGAACAUCACGUUCCGCAUGUGCCAGUGUCACCGGCACCACCUCGAACUCCAACGCCUGCAGCACCAACCUAUCCCGUGUCGCCAGCUCCGCCCACGCCACAUACUCCCGUUACGCCUCUUACACAUCAACAGUCACGAGAGGAGAAAGAUGGUAACUUCCAAUGCGAUAAAUGCAAUUUAGUCUUCCCUAGAUUUGAUUUGUGGCGGGAGCAUCAACUCGUUCAUAUCAUGAACCCAAACUUAUUUCCCACUUAUCCACCCGACUCUCCCUUUGGGAUUUUACAACAGCAUGCUCAAUUGCAACAGUUGAAUGCUUCACUUAAUAAUGACGAGGCUCGUCAUCCUUUGGUAGCAGCCUUAAACCAACAAGUGUCUAAAAGAAAAUAUGAUGAGUUUGAAGAAGUAGAAACAGGUGAACAGCCAAAAGAUAAACGCCUGCGGACGACUAUUCUGCCAGAACAAUUAGAUUACUUGUAUCAAAAGUAUCAGAUUGAGUCGAACCCAUCAAGAAAAAUGUUGGAAAAUAUUGCACGUGAAGUUGGCUUAAAAAAGCGAGUAGUUCAAGUUUGGUUUCAAAACACAAGAGCGCGCGAAAGGAAAGGACAGUUCAGAGCACAUGCACAAGUAAUAAAUAAACGCUGUCCGUUUUGUCCUGCACUGUUCAAAGUCAAGAGCGCACUAGAGAGUCAUUUGAGUACGAAGCACGCUGACCAGUGUGCACGUGGUGAGAUUAACGUUGAUGCGUUACCUGAUGAAGAACUUAGUACUGAAUCCACACCUAGCUUCGGCUCCCAACAAAGUGACCGGCAGCAAAAUUUUUCCCAAGCGGGGGCUCCCAUGUUGCCCCCUAUUUUCCCACCCUUUCAUUCAGACAUGGAGAAAUUUAUCAAGCAGUACAGUGAGGAGUCGAUGAAGAGAUACGUGAGCGAACUGCAGGCUCACGCGACAGCGCAGCAAAACGGCGGCAGCACCGAAAACAAUGAAAGAAGUCACGAACCCGGAAAACCUGAAAUACCUUUGGACCUCAGUAAACCGGUAGACCUAUCGCGCCCGGGCUCCGACGCCGACGAACGCUCGGACACGGCAUCCGAAACUAUGGAGUUCUACGAGGAAGACGAACCCACCUCGCCGAUAGCGGGUCAGCCUCACACACCCCGACCUCCCGGCAAAAGAUUCCGCACUCAGAUGUCAUCAGUACAAGUGAAAAUUAUGAAAUCGCUGUUCGGAGACUAUAAAACUCCGACGAUGGCGGAGUGCGAGGCGCUCGGCCGGGAGAUCGGCCUGCCGAAGCGCGUGGUUCAAGUAUGGUUCCAGAACGCCCGGGCCAAGGAGAAGAAGGCUCGUCUGGCCGCCGGUCUAUCGGAGGUGUCAGACGCGCCACCCCCCGACGAAUGUACCGUUUGUGAUUUCAAGUACAAUCACAAGUAUUCAGUGCAGGAUCACGUGUUUUCACGGGGACAUAUCGCUACGGUUCGCGCGCGGAUCGAGAACAGUGCGAGUGCGGGAGAGGACAGUACGCUGGCCCUCAUGCAGAUGGCGGCGCGGCUGGAGGGAGGCCUGGGCAGCGAACUCCACAACGCGUUCCUGCGACCGCAACUGGCCGGCAACGGUGAGUGCACGUCUUGACCGUGGUCGCCGUCGUCUAGCGCUCCCGAGCACUAUGCGACUUUGGACCUUUUGAAAGUAGAGAGUGGCUGACGUCACGAGGUUUGUUCUCUACUUCGGCACAGAACAAGUCUCGUCUCGCGCACCGUCGGUGAAAAUUUCCUAUUAGAGAGUGCUUCUGUAAAUAAUUUUAGAUAGUAGAGAGAAUUGUAGUGUGUAUGCUGACUGGUGUUGAUAUUUCAAUGAUAAUUUUAAGUUUAUUACGAGGAUAUUAAGUUAUGUUAUUAUCACUUAAACUACGAUACAUAUCACAGUAACGUCAAAGUAUUUUUCGCAUUUAAUUACAGAUCCGAAGUUGCAUGUUGUUAGACUAGUCAUUUACUACUACUUUGUUUCUUGAGCCGUUAAUGAUUUGUAUCAUUGUAAAUUUACCAGUUAAAGUCAAUCAAAUUUUUGUCUCAAAUAGACCUACUUAAUAUUUUGAUGCUCGCCCAGCAACUCCUAAAUUUAUUUUAUCAUUGAAUGUUUAAAUUUUUUUAACAUAUUUUGUAAACACAAUAAUUUUAAUCAAUCAUUGUUCGUUCCUCUAAAAAUCAAUUUAACUUGCAAUGUAAUCAUUUAAAUUAAUUUUCUUUAAGGUUUGCGUUUUAGUUUAGUUUAGUUGUAAUCUCGAUUUAUCACUCUUCGUCUGAAAAAAUGUGUCAAUGACACAUCACAUCUUAUGUAAACAUGAUCGAAACGAUCGUUGCUCUUGAUUAGGUUCGUACAGGAGGUUGUCAUCGGAGGCGCGAAAGGCGUGCCCGCAGUGGGCGUCCCUGUAUAGGCCGGUAUUCAAAUGCAAACGAACAUACAAUGGUAGGGGUUAGGACGCGUGAAGGACAUCGUAUAUGUAAUAGGCCGGCGCACAUGCACGCUCUCAUGAAUAAUCAAUUAUUAUUUAAAUGUCGCGAAUCAGCUUUCUCAGAAUUUUCGGAAGAUAUCACCGAAUUUAUUCGAUCGCAUUGAAAAACCAACACUUCAGUAGUUAGCAUAUCACUAGCAAUACGUCGCAUAUUCUUCCUAGUUGUUUAUAUUUAAACUCCUACUAGUAUAUAGAAAAUCGAUAACUGUUGUAGAUUUGUAAUCAAAACCAAAUUAUAUAUUUUAGAGAAAUGAUUAACGCUUAGAUAAUAUGUAAAUUUAAAUGCCUCCUGUCGAAUAAGGUGCCUUUUACGAAGUUUUGUAAAUUAUUAUGUAGACUUACGAUGUAAAUAGUUACGUAGUACGAGCCGGAGAGGUAGGAGUUGUAAAAUGCAAAAAAUAUACAUCACGAACGAAAAAUAUAUUGUUACAUUAGAGGCGUGUUAGGAAUAUUAUGUGAUAUGUGUCUUAAAUAUUGUAAUUCCCUACGACUAUUUAUGCACAAAAAUGAAUGCAGACAUAACACGAGGUCGUAUAUUACAUGAUAAUGAAUUCGAUAUCGUGAGGGGCCGGGGUCGAUAUUCUUCCGAGGCAUUAACAUAAAAGUGGUUAAGAAUUGGGGAGUUAGGGGAUAUGCAAAUAUUUUCUUUAAAUUUAAAUGACUUAGGCGAUGCAUUUCGUACGUACAAAGUAGGGCAUCCGCCGCCCCGGGCGCGCGCCGAGCUGCGCACGCGCCGCGGGUGCAGACGUCCCCAUACAAAACCCGCCGUCUUAGCUUACACAUACAAUUAUGAUUUUCACCAUUUUGAUGCAAAUCCCUUUCAACCCCGCAUCUUACAUUGCAGUGGUUUGCAUAUCGAUUUUAUUAUUUAUUUUGAUGUUAUGUUUGUAUUUGUUUUUGGUUACUUUUUAGUUUUAUUUUAUUAUUUUUUCUUUGUAUAAGUUCAUAUGUACCGAGGUAAAUCGGCUGGAUUAGACACUGUCACCUCGAAAACGAUAUAAAUAAUUUUAUGAUUUUUGAAAUAAUCGUAUGCAAAGUGCAUUUAAUGUUAUACAUAUUUUAUUUUUAAAUAGACUUAACUAAAGCCCCGUAACAGUGUACACUAUCGACAAAUGAAGACUUAUACACUGAAUAGUAUUACUGUUAUUUUUAUCGUUAUGAUUACAGAAUCGAGUGAAAUAAAUGCAAUAUUUAUAUUAUGA